AUGAGUUCAAAACAUGUAAAUCCCACCAAUAAGAGUAUACCUAUUGAAAAUCCAAUUGAUACUACAAAUACAAAAUCUUCACCGUGCACUGUUGCUCAUCAUUUGUCAUCUUCACAUCACGUUAGACAUCAUUCAUAUGAUACAACAUCGAAUGCACUUGCUGCACAAAUCUUUCCGCCAUCUCGAUCAAAUCGAAAAGACAACAACUUAAAUAAUACAAAUCCAACUCCUCCUACAAAUUUUCUACCAACACGUUCAUCACAUCGGCAUACAUCUUCAUUUGCAUCAGAUCGAUCAUCAUUUACUAAUUUAAAUAGUAAUUCUUAUCCUCAACAUCCAUAUUCGGUGUCACAAGAAAAUUUACGAUUAAAUUCUGAUGCCAAUUCAUCAUUAUCAUCAUCAUUUACUUCGAUUACAAUAAAAAAUUCCGCGACAUCAAAAUUAUCAUCAAAUCUCCCAUUAUCAUCAUCUUCGCUUCCAAUAGCAUCAACGACAAAUUCGACAACAUCCAAUACAUUAACUAAUUCUCUCUCUCAUUUGAAUAAUAAUAAUAAUAUAUCAUCAUCAUCAUCAAAUUCUUCAACUAUUCUCAAUCAUUUUAAUAUUCAUAAUGCUAAAUUAAUUUGUCUCUUACUUUUUUUUGCGUUACUUUUCUAUCAUGGAUCAUUGCGUUAUAUAAAAGGUGCUACUUCAUGUCAUCGUCUAUUAAAUGAAGGUCGCAUUGAACGUUAUCAUGUAUGGCAACCAACCGGUUGUAUGAUACAUUGGUAUGAUUUACUUGAUUUUAAUCAAUGUACACGUUUAAUAACACAAUCAUCAUCAACGAUAGAUAAGAGUUUAAUAGCAACACGUAAAGCAUUUAAUAAUCGUAUUGAUCCUGGUGAAUGGUUGCGCACACGUAAACAAGAACAACAACGUUUAAAACAAGAAAAGCAAGACAAUAGAAAAAUUAAUUUUUCGUAUACAUUUAUCGGUGAUGAACGUCUUUAUAUGAUUUAUCGUACAUUUAUAAAUACAAUUAAAUAUCAUUCAAAUCUAUCAAGAAAAAAGACAACCAUAAAUAAUAAUUAUGAUAACAAUAAAGAUAAUAGUAAACAACAUAAAUCACAUCCAUUUGUUUAUAAACAUUUAAAAAAUUUAACAUAUGCAAAUGAAAAUUUUAUUUUACAAUUUUAUUCCGUACAAACAUUCAAUGAUUAUUUAUAUAAUUUAUUAUAUUCAUGGGCAAAUAAUAAUUCAAUAAGGCCACAUGUACUUAUAUUUGGUCUUGGUUUAUACGAUGCUUUGCGUAACAAUGCAAGUUUUGAUACAAUUAAAUAUUUUGAAGGCAAUUUAACGCGUAUAAAACAAAAUUUAUUGACAAAUUUAAGUUCAACAACAACUAUUUUUUGGUUUGGACAACCACACUUAUCAUUGGAUGAGCAUUUAUUUCAAUUUUUUCAUCAUUCAAUUUACCAACAAACAAUGUAUAUAAAUGAAUUGAUACCAAAAUUAAAUUCUUAUAUUGAUCGUAUAAAUUCUAUAGCACAUAAUAUAUUUUAUCAUACAAAUAUUUAUUGGCAUUCGUCAACAUUCUUAGAAGAAUACUCAUCUAUAUCAAGUGAAAAUUCAUUUUUAUAUGAUGAUAAUAAUGAUGAAUAUUUUGAUAAUAAUCGUAAUAAUAACGAUGAUAUCGAUGAUGAUAUUUUAAAUGAUGUUGAACAUGAUGAUUUAACGAUUUUAUCAUCGUCGUCAACUAUUCUACCAACUACAACAUCAACAACAACAACAACAACAACUACAACAACAACGACAACAACAACAACUAAUGAUAUUCAAUCAAAUUUAUCAUCCAUAAUACAAUAUGAUUUUGAUGAUAUUUAUAGUAAUCAAAGUGAUAUUAUUUAUUAUUCGUAUGUAAUAUUAAAAAAAAAUCAUACUAUGUCAUCCACAUUGAUGAUAACUAGUGGAAAGAUUCAUGAAUUUUAUAAACUAUCAUCAUUUACACGACAUACAUGUGUACAAAUAUUGCUCAAUGCAUUGUGCAAUCCAUUGUUAUUGCCUGAUGAUGGUACCUGUUGUGCACAAGUUCCACCAUUGACACGUUUACAAUUUCUAAUAAGUCUUUUGUUAGGUUGCUCAAUAACAUUUUUUAUUAUUUAUAUUGUCUAUCGUAUAAGAUCAGUAUUCAUAUUCAGACGUACAAGUCGCAUUAGAUUAAAAUAUGGAAAAACUUCAAAUCACGAUGAACAACAAAAACAACAUCAAGAUAAAAAUCAACAAGCCAAUGGAUAUUGUCAUAUGAAUGGUGCAUUUAGUAAAGAUAUUAAUGAUGAUCAAGAUGAACCCGAUCAGCAAUUACUUCCACCAACAGUGAAUGGAGAUUGUGUAUCGAACCACACUCGUGUUUAUAACUCAAAUAUAAGUUCAAAUCAAAAACAUUCAUCAUCAUUAUCAAACGGUUUAAGUCGUUAUAGAUUUUGCAUUCCAAAAUGCUUACGAAAUCUUCGUAAGAAAUCUCGUGAACAUUUAUUACCACCGUUAUUAUUAACAAAAUCAAUAGCAACACAAUCUUCCUUAUCGUCAUCGAACGGAAACAAUAAUAACAAUUCAUCAUAUCCGUCAAGAUUUUAUAAGAAACAAAAUUCGUUAUUACAUUUUCCUUUAACUGAACCGAUCAUACUUCGUACAAGUGUGAAAUAUGCAUUUAUUCUUCUUUAUUUCUAUUUGGCUGAUCGUACAGAUUUUUUAAUGAAAGAAAAUUCUCAUUUUUCUCGUAUUGCCUUUUUCUUACCGUUAACCUAUAUUGGUAUAUUAGGAAUAUUUUUUCAUGAUAAAUAUUUUAAUAAAACGACAUCGAAUCGUUCAUCACCAAGUCAAACACCAUUAACAACAACUCCAAAUUCAAAUUCAAAUUCAAAUCCAAUCUUUUCAUCAAUACAUAAUAAUGAUUAUGAACAAAUUCCAUCGCAUUCAGAUUCAAAUGAUGAAAAUAAUUCAACAACAUUAACUAAUAAAAUUCUAACAAAUGGAACGAAUAAUAACAAUAGUGAUCGUUUUUUUAGUAAAGAACAGAUCAAUGAAAUGCGUGGUUGGAUGAUGGUUAUUUUGUUAGCAUAUCAAAUGACAGAUGCAUCAGGCAAAAGUCUGGUUUUAUCAAUGUCUAUACAAUUGUUAAUAAGUGCUUAUUUAUUUUUAUCAGCCUAUAGUCAUUUUCAUUAUUAUUGGACAACAGGAAAUUAUCAAUUUUUACCAUUUAUACAAAUGUUAUUUAAAUAUAAUUUUCUAACAAUAACCUUAUGUUUAUUAAUGAAUAGACAUUAUCAAUCAUAUUAUUAUCCACCGUUAAUAUCAUUUUAUUUUACAUUGAUGUAUGUUAUAUUGGCUUGUAUACCACCGAAAAUCUGUGCUGAAUCAGUUAAAGAAAAACCAAUACAUUUUAUGUAUUUAUUUUUAAAAUUUCUUCUUAUGGGGAUUCUUGUAACAACUCUAAGUAUGUCUGCAUAUUUAUUCGAAAAAAUUUUUACAUUUCGCUUAUGGAAUAAUCUAUUUACAACUUCCACAAUAACAUCAUCACUUGCUGCUUAUGUUCAACAAUUGGAUCAAUCUGAUCUAUCACAUAAUGGUUUUCAUCAAUUGCAUUCACUAUUAAUCCAUGAUAAAAAUUCCUUAUAUUAUAAUGAAUAUAAUACUCUACUUGAUUAUAUAUCAGGUAGUGGACAAGGCAUUGUUGGACCUGUGUCAAUGAAUGGUAUAUCAUUAAAUGAUAAACAAUAUUUAUAUUCAAAUCUUCAUCGUUAUAAUAUGAAUUCUUCAACACAUAUAUAUUAUGAUCGUAAUGGUACAAUAAAUGAUUGGUAUCAUCGUUGGAAUUUAGAUCGUUAUACAGUUUUAUAUGGAAUGUGUUUUGCUUUUUUAAUAUUAUCUAUUGAAAAUUAUGCUGCAUGUAAAACAUUAGGUAUCAAACGUAAACAAUACCAACAAAUAACAUCAAGAAUAAAGACAAUAUUUUGUUUACUCAGUUUAUUGGUCUUAGUUAUUUAUUUUAUUGUUUUAUUUUUAUGUUCAAAUAAAGCAAUAUGUGAUGAAAUACAUCCAUACAUUGUUAUAUUACCCAUUAUUAGUUAUAUUCUUCUACGAAAUAUUCCAACAUUUCUUCGUCAAUACUAUUCCCCAUUUUUUUCAUGGUUUGGUAAUAUAUCAUUAGAAUUAUUUGUAACACAAUAUCAUAUAUGGCUUGUUGCUAAUGGUCAUGGUACUUUAACAAUUAUACCGCGUAUGCCAACAUUAAAUUUAAUAAUAACAACAUUUAUAUUUAUAUGUUGCUGUCAUGAAUUACACCGUAUAACAAAUAUAUUAGCACCUGUCUUUGUACCAAACGAUUGUAAAUGCUUCAUACGAAAUUGUCUUAUUUAUUUACUUAUUAUUGUUGUUUCAUCGUACAUGUUUUCUUCAGUGUAA